AUGAACCCUCUACUGUUUUACUUAUUAUUCCUUGCCAUUGUCGUCACAGUGAGUAGUCAAAGCAGCUACUAUGGAAAUCGUUUUUUCGGAUACGGUGUAUAUGAAAACGGAUUUAGACGGCACGGUGGACUUAUUCCUUAUAGCAGAGUUGGACCCUAUGGCGGCGGAUAUGGACGCUACGAUGGAUUAGCACCCAACGUUGGAAGUCGACCCUCUGGUGGCGGAAAUGUAGGCUUCGGUGGUGGCUUGUUUAGCCCUGCAGGUACACCUCUUCAAAGUGCUCUUAGAGGAGCUACCAUUGGAGCUUUGUAUGGCCUUCUUAGCGGGUAG